AGCAUCAGAUAGAAUGAGCCGCUACCAGCCUAUGCUUCUGGUGUGACCUUGUGAGAAUGUAUCCCUUUCCAUCAACGGUGAACCAACGGGGAAUUCUCCUUCGUCUCUACAGUACUCUCACUAUUGCUACUUCAUAGAGUAAGCUCUCUUGUAUCUUUCUCUGUUAGUUUUCCAUCUAUUUAUUAUACUGUUUUCCUCUCUGCUUCUCCUUGUUAAUUCACUGUUUGUAUAAAUUGGAUACUUUGUUUCGGAACCCUGGUUCUCUAGAUUCUAGGCUCUCCUUCUUCUAUCGACGGAUUUUUUGCGCAAGCCCUUCUGCAUUUUUCUUUAUGGGCAUUUGGGUUUUAAGUUUUAUGGGAAACUAGUGAACAAAGAAAGAUGGAUUUGGUAAUUCCUGCAAAACAAAACCCUGGGAGGUUCCCGUUGUUUUAUGCCGUUCAGGAGAGUGGAAAAAGGAUUAAGUUUGGGGAUGAAGUUGGUGUUAGGGUUUACAACCAUUUCAGUCCAAAUAGUUGUAGUUCAUUCGUGAAGGUUUUUCUAGGGUAUAAGGCCUCUUGCUGUGUUUUAUCCCCUGAUGUUGAAGUGAGAAAACAUAAUCGAUCCAGAAAGAACAGGAUCAACCGGGUUUUUGCAGUCUCGAAGGUGGAGACUAAUGGUUUUAAUGGCAAAUUAAUGAACCCUCUAAAAAACCCGAAUGGGCAUGCUGAAAAUGGUCAUUCUCGUUUGGGUUCUGGUCAGGCUUUCCGAAAUUUUGAUGAUUCUGAGAGUAACAUUCAUCUUCGUCGCCUGGUUAGAAAUGGGGAGUUGGAGGAAACUUUGAAGUUUCUGGAGAACAUGUUAUAUCAUGGUGACAUCCCGGACAUAAUUCCCUGUACAAGUCUGAUUCGUGGGCUCUGUAAGGUGGGUAAGACUAAGAAGGCAACUAGGGUUUUAGAGAUUCUUGAAGAGUCUGGAGCUGUUCCAGAUGUUAUAACCUACAAUGUAUUGAUUAGUGGGUACUGCAAGUCAGGGAAGAUGGAUAAUGCUUUACAUCUAUUGGAACGAAUGAGUGUCGCACCAGAUGUUGUUACAUAUAAUACGAUCCUUCGUAGUCUAUGUGUUCGUGGAAAGUUGAAAGAAGCAUUACAAGUUUUUGAUCUUCAAUUGCAAAAGGAGUGUUAUCCUGAUGUCAUCACUUAUACCAUUUUGAUAGAAGCGACUUGUAAGGAGAGUGGGGUUGGACAGGCGAUGAAGCUUUUGAAUGAGAUGAGGACUAGGGGAUGCAAACCUGAUGUGGUUACCUAUAAUGUUUUUAUCAAUGGAUUUUGCAAAGAAGGUAGACUGGAUGAAGCAAUAACAUUCCUGAAUAACAUGCCAUCAUAUGGUUGCCAGCCCAAUAUAAUCACCCAUAAUAUCAUUCUGCGUAGCAUGUGUAGCACAGGAAGGUGGAUGGAUGCAGAAAAUUUCUUGGCUGAUAUGCUACAUAAAGGUUGUUCACCAAGUGUUGUUACAUUCAAUAUCCUGAUCAACUUCUUGUGCAGAAAGGGUUUAGUUGGUGGUGCAAUCGAUGUAUUGGAGAAGAUGCCGAAGCAUGGGUGUAUCCCCAAUUCCCUGAGUUAUAACCCGUUGCUUCAUGGGUUCUGUAAGGAAAAGAAGAUGGACCGGGCAAUUGAAUACUUGGACAAAAUGAUGUCUCGAGGGUGCUAUCCAGAUAUCGUCACCUAUAAUACAUUGCUUACAGCUUUAUGCAAGGAUGGAAAGGUUGAUGUUGCAGUUGAGCUGCUUCACCAGCUAAGCAGUAAAGGUUGCUCUCUGGUGUUGAUCACUUACAAUACAGUAAUUGAUGGGCUUUCAAAGACAGGGCAAACAAAGCAUGCCAUAGAGCUUCUAGAUGAGAUGCUUUCAAAGGGUCUCCAGCCUGAUAUAAUAACAUAUUCAUCACUAGUCGCUGGGCUCAGCAGAGAAGGCAAGGUUGAUGAAGCAAUUAAUUUCUUUCACCAACUUGAAAAACUUUGUAUCAGUCCCAAUUCUGUCACAUACAAUUCUGUCAUUUUAGGCCUUUGUAAGGCUCGUCAGACUGACCUCGCUAUUGAUUUCCUGGCCUAUAUGGUAUCCAAGGGAUGUAAACCCACUGAAGCUACAUAUACUAUUCUCAUUGAAGGUGUGGCUUAUGAAGGCCUGGCGAAGGAGGCUUUGGAAUUAUUGAAUGAGUUGUGCUCCAGUGGGCUUGUGAAGAAAAGCUCUGCACAAAAUGUAACAGUGAAGAUGUAGGGUUGGUUUUUACCAAAAAAAAAAGAAGAUGUAGGGUUGGUUUGAGAGGUUGCCUUGCUUGAGUGUGUUACAUCCUUGGAUUACAUUGUUCAAUUUUUUCUUGAGAAAGAGUAUUCCUCUGGACCCUAACAUUUUUUGCUGUAACUUACUUCCCUUUUAUGUCAUCACAAGUUGAUAUCUAAAUUCAAUUUUGGUAGUCUUCUU